AUGAGCUCCGAAGGAUGUAAGAAGGGUGCCGUUAGUUCCGAGAAGCGGCGACUCGUCGAGGAACUGCAUGCCCCGGUGAGACGAAAUUUUCCACGAAGACGGUUCAUAGUUCGGGGAUACGAUGACCUGUGGCAGGCAGACUUAGUCGAGAUGCGCCCGUACUCACGUUUCAACAGAGGCUACCACUACAUACUCACCGUCAUCGAUGUGUUGAGCAAGUACGCAUGGGCCGUGCCGCUCAAGAGCAAAGGCGGAAGCGAGACGGCUGCGACUAUCGCCCAGAUAAUUCGAGAGAGCAAGAGAUGCCCGAAAAACUUGCAAACCUAUAUGGGGAAGGAAUUUUACAACACCGACGUGCAACGACUCACGAGGAAACAGGACAUUAAUUAUUAUUCAACGUAUUCGGUAUUGAAGGCAUCGGUCACCGAGCGAUUCUAUCGUACGCUGAAGAAAACGCUAUGUGGCAGAUGUUUACCCUCAAUGGGACUUACAAGUGGGUCGACGCGCUAUCCCAACUCGUCAAGGAGUAUAACACCCGAAAGCAUCGAACAAUUGGCAUGCGACCCGUUGACGUAA